AUGUGCAGGAUGUCGUUCAAGAAAGAAACACCACUCGCCAAUGCUGCGUUUUGGGCUGCAAGAAAAGGAAACCUGGCUCUCCUCCAGCUGCUGCUGAACAGUGGGCGAGUAGAUGUGGACUGCAAAGACAGUCUUGGCACAACAGCUCUGAUGGUAGCAUCUUACUAUGGCCACAUAGAUUGUGUACGGGAAUUGGUGUUGCAAGGAGCAGAUAUCAAUCUGCAGAGAGAGUCAGGUGCAACUUCUCUGUUCUUUGCUGCACAGCAAGGCCACAACGAUGUAGUGAAGUUUCUCUUUGAAUUUGGAGCCUCCACUGAAUUUAAGAAUAAAGACGGAGGUACUGCUCUUCUAGCUGCUUGUCAGUACGGGCAUGCAAAAGUAGUGGAAACUCUGUUGAAGCACGGUGCUAACAUUCACGAUCAACUUUAUGAUGGAGCUUCUGCAAUUUUCCUGGCGGCACAAGGAGGCUAUCUGGAUGUCAUCCGAUUGCUGCUUUCUUCAGGAGCAAAGGUUAACCAGCCACGGCAGGAUGGGACGGCUCCCUUGUGGAUUGCAUCGCAGAUGGGCCACAGUGAAGUGGUACGAGUAAUGCUGCUCCGGGGAGCUGAGCGAGACGCUGCACGGGACGACGGUACGACUGCUUUACUGAAGGCUGCCAUUAAAGGGUACAACAAUGUGAUAGAAGAGUUGCUGAAAUUCUCUCCCACGCUUGGCCUGCUGAAGAACGGGACCUCUGCUCUCCACGCGGCCGUCCUGAGCGGCAACGCGAGGACAGUGGCGCUGCUCCUAGAAGCAGGAGCGGACCCGUGCCUGAGGAACAAGGCAAACGAACUGCCAGCAGAACUAACAAAAAAUGAACGCAUCCUCCGACUGCUCCGCACGAAGGAAAAGCAAAGGAAAAGCUAAUGCAGCCCUGUAGCAAAUGCGGUUUGACAAAGAUGUGCCCUGACCACAACAGCAUGACAGUAAACCUAGGUUGCCCGAGAAGGGCUUGUUGGAACAGUUUGCAGAACUGAUCAGCCUCCCCAGAACACGCUCCUUGAACGCAGGAGUCCCUUGCCACGGGGUCGCCACGGGCUAGGGCCUCCACCUGGCAUCACUGAACGCAGGACUGCGACCAGAGCAGGGUUUGGCCUGGGAGCUACCUUUGCACUGCAGCUCUGCCUGUACUCCAGGAUCCCACCGGUCCCGGCACCGACGUUUGCUCCUCCAUGCCUGCAAGCGUACGCAUCCCCACACACGCAAGCGCUCCCGCCAUUUCAGACACACGUCCCCAUACUGGCAUGGCCGCACACCUACAACGGGUGCCUGGCGGCGCACGUGUGGGUUGGGAGCACUCGGCCCUUGUGCCAAAAGGACGCCCAGACCUCGCAGCUGUUUGGAUGCAGUUGGUCCUGGAGCCGCCCCAUGGUGCUGCUG